AAGGCGAGAGAAAGCGCGCUGCGUGCGGCCCCGCUGCCCAGAGCCUGCCAGCAGCGCGCCCUCGGCGGCUCCGGUCCCAACCGCGCCCGCCGCCUCGCCUCCUCCGUCUCGGCCGCGUCCCGACUCCGGGGCUCGCCCGGCCUUUCGGAGGUCCCCGUCCGCCGGUCCGCCCCGGCUCUCCGCUGCGCCGCCCGGCUCUUGCUCCGAAGCCCGCCCCGGGGGAAGGUAGCAGCGGGCGAGCUCGCCCUCGCCCUCGCCUCCAGCCCCCGCGCCCCAGCCCCGCGCGGCGACGAAGGACCGGGAAGAUGAACGGCAGCGGCAAAGCCGAGAAGGAGAACACCCCGAGCGAGGCCAACCUUCAGGAGGAGGAGGUCCGGACCCUAUUCGUCAGUGGUCUGCCUCUGGACAUCAAGCCCCGAGAGCUGUACCUGCUCUUCAGACCAUUCAAGGGCUAUGAAGGUUCUCUCAUAAAGCUCACAUCUAAACAGCCCGUAGGCUUUGUCAGUUUCGACAGUCGCUCAGAAGCAGAGGCCGCAAAGAACGCUUUGAACGGCAUCCGCUUCGAUCCUGAAAUCCCGCAAACGCUACGACUAGAGUUUGCUAAGGCAAACACGAAGAUGGCCAAGAACAAACUCGUAGGGACUCCAAACCCCAGUACUCCUCUGCCCAACACUGUACCUCAGUUCAUUGCCAGGGAGCCAUAUGCGCUGGAUCCCUCCCUCCGAGGCUACUUCCCAGGGCUGGAAGUCACGGCAGUUCUGCUGAGGCUGUGCUUGAAAACACCCUGCCCCGUUUUGAUCCCUUCAAGACUUCACAACAGCCUCUAUCACACAUCUGUUUUCCUCAAAGAAAAAAUAUAUAAUAAAAUGUGUUUUACUCUUUUACACUGUAUAAUUUUAAGAAAUGUGUUAUUUGUGAAUGCAUGGUCUGACAUUUCUGUACGGUUUGGAGACUUAGAACAAAGACAGCAGUAAAGCCAAGAUCAUUAGUAUUUUUAUAACAGACAUUUUAAGAAUGGACAGAUGGAUUCUUACACUAGGUUACACCACAACUUUUCACUUGAUUUUUGAAUGCUUUUAAUGGUGUUUCUUAUUUUUCUUCUGAAAUAAGAUGCAUGUUUGAAGCAUAUCUCUAAAUAGCAUCAAAAUUUUCCACAACUGUGUUGUAAAUAUGUGGACUCCCUCUGCCUGGCCCAGAGUCAGGCCCCAUUAUUAGUAACUUGGUGUAGAAAGGAGCUUCUGCAGUAUUAGCUCUGUAAUCCUGGCUCCCAGGGAUCUCUCUGCAAGACAAUCAGUGCCCCCAAGAGCAUUUGCCAUUGCAGUGUAUUCACCACUGGGCAAAGACUACUUAGGUAAUGUCUCUGAAACCCAUGGCCACUCCAGCUGAGACUAUACCAACUGUGCCCAGGGUCAAACUGACAAUCUAUACUUAGCAUUUAUGAUAGGACCCUCAGAGUGUACAACCUAAUAUAUAUCCCCUACCUUAAAUAAACUGUCUCCACUUCCCCAGUGGAACCUUACGUUUAAGUGGAGGACCCUUAGUUUGGAGGUAAACAUUGCCUCAAGAGGUACAGGCUUUGCCCACUCAGCCUGCAGUGGGCAUCACAGCUCUCAAGUGAUUCAGCAAAGCGCUGGCUACCUGAGUAGAUAGCUGGUCUGGCAGCCAUGUCAGAUACACCGCCCAUCGCGUUCUCUGGACAAGCUCAUCUUGAGACUACCUACUACACUGCACAGGGUGGGGAAUGAAACUGGCCCUCUGCAAUGAAUACCAUUACACUUGCUUCAAGACUUCUUCAAGGUCUUGUGGUGUGUGUGUGCCAACACAUUUCCAGAGGCUGUGACAGCACAGCUUCUCCUGCUCCUUAAAAAAAGAGCUAUGUAUUAUUAUGUUGACCUCAGAAUUCCCAGCUGCUGAUACUAGACAUAAUCACAAUCUUUGUAUCUUUGUUACUGAUCUGCAUGUGCUGUGUAGAAAAGGGUCAUAUUUUAAUGAUUAUGUCGGUGGUUUGGGAGGGUUAUUUCAUUAUUUUUCAUUAGAAGUAAUGUCAAGUUUUUAAAGGUUUUAAAAGAGAAACACCAAGGCCGGGAAUAAGGGCCUCUUCAGUGUAAACUAGAGGACGGGGGCAGGCAGCACUGGGAACUUAAGACAUCCAAGCUGGUGUUCAGGGAUUGCUCAUCCCUCCCAGCCCCCGUACCACUUGACUGUGAGACUCCUCUACUUGCUUCUUCAUCAUCAUCGAGUAUGCUUUUAUAAAUUGUGUAAAGGUACUUUUGUAUUGUCAUUUUUUAAAAAAUAAAAGUUUAUUCCAGCCAUUACAUGAUUUGUCUGACAACUUACAUCAAGCAAGCAUGUCCUACAAUGCAGAGAUUUCCAUUUCUAGCCUGUGGCAGAACUAGGCAAGAUUCAGCCAGUGAUGGGAGUCGAGGUGAUUUACGACACACCCAGCGGCCACCAAGGGACACACAGACCUUUGCUCAGUAGAAGAUAUGAGCCACCCUAACCUACAGGCAGACUCCAUGACAGG